AUGAGCUUCUCACUUUCGUUUGGGUUUGAACUUCUUCGGGCUCUCUUCUCUCUUGUAUACUCCUUUACGCUUUCCUUCUCCCAAACCCUAAUUGCGAUCGUAUCCACCGAGGUUUCAGAUCUCCAUCGCUGCCGAUCAGCAGGAGCAAUGUCUUUUACACGUAACUUCCGCUCCCAAGGGGGCAGUACUGGUGACGAGUAUUGGCCCUCAUUCAGUAGAAACGACUUCAAAAACUUCAACAACUUCAAAAACUUCAACAACUUCAACCACUGCAACAACAACUGGAACAGGAGCAGGAGCAAUAGUUUCUCUAGGAAUUUUAACAACUUCCAUAAUUACAUGGGCAAUUAUAGGGAGCAUACCGACAAUUCUAAUUAUUCCAAGCCUGACAGUGCUCCAUCAUUUAAGAGGAGAAAAUUUUCAGCUUCUACUUGGGGUGAUGGUGCGAGACACUAUUUUCCUGCCAACACAUAUGACUUUGCCCCUUCUAUCUACAAUAACUAUGUUCCUCACACAAGGUCCAAUGGUGAUGCCUCUACAUCUACUACUGGUAAACGUGACCGCUCAAAAUUAGAGGAGGAUGAACUGGCCUUUAUGUCAAGGGAUGAGAUUGAGAGACGCUCCCCAUCUAGAAAAGAUGGUAUAGAUGCAGUGCGUGAAGCACAUUUGCGAUACUCAUAUUGUUCUUACCUUCAGAAUUUUGGAUUGCGGCUUGAUUUGCCACAAACUACUAUCGCUACUGCAAUGGUUCUCUGCCAUCGGUUUUUUGCUCGGCGAUCACAUGCUUGCCAUGAUAGAUUUUUGAUUGCUACCGCCGCCCUUUUUCUUUCUGCAAAGUAUGAGGAGACACCACGCCCUUUGAAUAAUGUGUUGAGAGCGUCUUGUGAGAUUUUCCAUAAGCAGGAUUUCAGUUUCUUGUCCUAUAUGCUCCCUGUUGACUGGUUUGAGCAGUAUCGGGAACGGGUGACUGAUGCUGAGCAAAUGAUACUGACCACUCUAAAUUUUGAACUUGGUGUGCAGCAUCCAUAUGAUCCUCUUACGUCUAUUCUUAACAAAUUAGGCCUUUCACAAACUGUUUUGGUGAAUCUGUCCUUAAGCUUGGUCAGUGAAGGGCUCCGGAGUUCUCUGUGGCUCCAGUUCAAACCACAUCAUAUUGCUGCUGGAGCAGCGUACCUUGCUGCGAAGUUUCUAAAUUUGGAUCUUGAUUCUUAUCAAAAUGUCUGGCAGGAGUUCCAGGCUACACCAGAUAUUCUUGAAGAUGUGGCCCAGCAGUUGAUGGAACUGUUCUAGAAGAAUGGAACAUUGUUGUGGUGGUAGGCUUUAGCUACUUUUUUGUGGAUAAAAUUAGGAUAUGCAUGUCAUGAUCAAGUGGGGAAGACAUAUACACGACUUUGCUGAGGUCUGGGCGUGAGGAGGCAGAUAUUCCCACCAAGAUAUUUUAUAUACGUGCCCAUCUUGUGUCUCACAACUGCCCCUUCCUCUUGAAGGCAUAAAAAGUAUAGUUUUUUUUAAAGGUUUUUGUAACAACUUCUACCAGCCAUACUCUUUUCUCGGAGUGGUAAGUUAAUACAAUGACAAAAUCGCUAAAAAGUUGUUAUUUCAUGUGCUUGAUGUUCUUGUUUCUA